AUGGACCUUGGAAAGAGAGGAAGAAUCCACCACAACAUGAGACUCACCUGCACUCUGCUAAUCAUGGGAGCAUUCUGUGUGAUGCCUUUCCUCUGCCACAGCCAGAUUGACCCACUAGCUCUUGGGCGAGCAGACCCCCACUGCUGGGAAUCCUCCUCAGCUCUUUUACUGGAGAUGAGGAAGCCUCGCAUUUCCGAUUCUGUCAGUGGCUUUUGGGACUUCAUGAUCUUCUUGAAAUCAUCAGAGAACUUGAAACACGGGGCUCUGUUCUGGGACCUGGCUCAGCUCUUCUGGGAUAUCUAUGUGGACUGCGUGCUCUCCAGAACCCAUGGCCUAGGAAGAAGGCAGCUAGCAGACACAGAACAGAAGAUUGCUACUCUACAUUCCCAGUUCAUGGGGAGAAACCAAGGGAUAUUUCCUCAUAUUCAGAGGUCACCAGCUCUGAAGAAGAAAGGCUCAUUUGAAGAUUUAAAUAUUCGUGAGCAUAAGAAGAAAUCUGCAUUACUUGGAAGAAUCAUUGGACAGCUAGGGAAGAAGAGGGAACUACACAUUUAG